AUGAGUAAGUGCAGGUGCAUCCUCUUCUGGCCGUCGGUGGUGAUCCUGCAGGCUGUUUGCUGCUGGCUGGUGGUCGCCGGUGGCAAUUCGUCGCAGCAGGUCGUCGUCGCCGCCGCCGCCUCCGGUCAGAUUGGAGGAGCUCCUGAGUGCCUCCAAGAUCCCAGGCUCAGCCCCAUGUCAUGGCAUGCCCGCGAUGAUCUCGUCGGUGAUGACGACGAUCUAGCCGAUCAUGGAGCUGCGCCUGCGCAGCAACCGGAAGCAGAAGCUGCCGCUGACGCCGAAGCCGGCGAUGUAGAUCUCGACGGUGGCGAGGUAGAGUGCCCGGUGUGCGGCAAGCGGUUCAGGAACGACAAGUCGAUGUUUGGCCAUCUCCGAAGUCAUCCGAAUCGAGGCUACAAGGGCGCAACCCCACCUCUCAAUCUGUCGACCACACCGUCGUCGUCACUGCCGGCGGCCGUCGACGACACACUGCUGCUGCUGCCGUUUCGUGACAGUAGUAAUCAGUCAAUGCUGUCAGUGGCCGACGUCUGUUUAAGCACCUACGAAAAGAUGGCUGCCUGCGUGAUGGCCACACUUCGGUAUCGGUACAGGCCGCGUCGUCAGCUGCAACAACCGCAAGCUCAAGCUGCAGCAGCUGGAGCUGGAAUAGGAGAGGUGGGGACAAGCAGCACCAUGGAAGGAGAUGUUAUCCACCGUGACGGACGGAGGAAGGGGAAGAGGAAGCUGACGAAAGAGCCGCUCAGGGAGAAGGAGCUAAAGCGUCGCCACUACACGUGCAAGCAUUGCAACGAGGAGUUCUCCACGCAUCAGGCCCUGGGCGGGCACAUGGCUGGCAACCACAAGGAGAAGAGGAUCCUCAAGGAGGCACAGCUUGCAAGGAGUGCUAUGAUCCUGGAACAGAAACAGCCUGACAUGAAUCUUGGCUUGAAGGAGGAACAGCCUGAGAGGAGCCGUCUCGUCCUGAGGGAGAAACAACCCGAUGUGUAUCAAGACAGAGUUAUCGAUCAGACCAUGGACGACGACUGGGAAGAAACGGAAAUCGAUGGAUCCAAUGCAGUGCCGGUUGCUGAAGAAGAAGAUGGGCACCCACCGUUUGGUUUUGACCUCAACGUUGAGGCUCCGGAACAGGAAUAGAAGAAGAAUAGCAUGCAUAUCAUUUGUAUAACAUCUUCGUGAAAUAAUAAAGCUAGAUAUAUAGUAGGCAUGUUUGCCUGAAUACAGGAUUCCAAAGACUAGGUAUGUUGCAGGCAACUUCUAUUUGUAGCUUGAAAAUUGCAUUCACAUUGAUUAACUAAUGAUAUAGGCUGUCUCU